AAAAAAACCCCCCUACUAGCCACGUCUAACCCUAGAAUUCGCGAUUCCCCUGAUCCCCUCCUCCCUCCCGGCUUCACCCAAUCUUGCCGGCCGCCACACCGCUACUCAGAUCCAGCCUCCCCGCAUCUCGGCCUCCUCCAGCCGCUCCUCCUCUACCUCGUCCUCCGCCAAGCUUCGCCUCACCGCGGCCGGGGACUCCUCUGCCACCACCUUCACAUCCUCCUACUUGGGGGCGCGGCCCUCCGGCGCGGGGACAACCAGCGGGGCAGCAGCGCUGCGCCACCUCGUCUGCGUCCUCCGGUCGUGCCUCCCUCGCCACGGCACGGGCCUUGCUCCCGGAUUCGCCCGCGCUCUACCCGUUACAGAAGCGCGCCGCUGCCACCACGCAGGCGCUGUUCACGGCCGCAUCUCGCCCUCCGCCGUGGUGAUGUCGGACCCGGGCCUCCCUGGCCACCCCGACGGCGGUUUCCGUGGGCGGCUCGGCCCCUGGGCAACUACAGCGGCGUCCCUGGCCGCGGCGUCAAGUCGGCGCUGAAGCUGGAAGAGGGGGCUGUGUCACGGCAAUGAGGGAGGUGAAAGGAACAAGGAUUCGGCCUCGGCCUUGUCAUCCCCGUGCUCCUCCGCAGCGACGCAGCGCAAGGCCCCGGCAAUGUUGACAGCAAGCCGUGCCACUGCGUCGAACUCGUGGCCUUCUGCCCCUUCUCACUUCUCACUGAUUUACAGCAAACUGAUGGUGGUGUGGCUUCCUAAAUCAAUUUCAAGACAGGUGGCAAACAGUGUUCCUUCUAAAUUUCCUUCACUUUUGCUAACAGUGAGCAGGGUUCAAUUUCAAAGUGAGAAAAUGGGUGACCAGCAAAGUGAGCUAGAAGACUUGAAGCUGAAGUUUCAGGAAUCUGAAGUAGCAAGGGAGAAUCAAAGGGGAGAGAUUGAAACUUUGAAGAAGCAAGGGGAGAGAUUUUUUUUGCUUUGAGUACAUAGGGCUGUCUUGGCUGUUCAGUGAACCUGUUAUAGAGUGACUUGUCCUUUUUUUUUUGGGCUGUUUAUAUCGACUUGACAAGUGACGUUGGGCUGUGAUGUGCGCAUGAAUAUUAGUUUAUGACGAAUAUUUAUGACCAAUAUUGAGAAAACAUAUUUUAUGACAUAUUGCAUUCCAAACA